AUGAAUCAGAUACGAUCCACUCAUGCUGUUACGCCGAUCAAAGGCCCUCCAGGAGUGCUAACCAACAGCAGUACAGCGAACGACUUUCCGAACGACACCAAAGAGAAUAGACCGAAGGACCAGGCAAACAACGUUGCUGCCACCACAAGAGCAAAGAAGAAGUCUUUGUCAUUUAACCUGUCCAUUCUACUACUUGGCAUUAUUGGCUUCCUCGUGGCAUUGGACGCCAACUCUCUAGCAGUAGCACUACCUACCAUUGGGAACGAGCUGGGAGGGUCAACUCUAGAGACCUUUUGGGCUGGUAUCGCAUUCACCCUCGCCGUCGCCAUCACACAACCGGUCUAUUCGACUAUAUCCGAUGUCGUCGGCCGGAAGAUACCGUUGUAUACCUCUCUUCUCUUCUUUACUGCUGGCUCAAUCAUCUUCGCCCGUGCCGGGAACAUGGAGAUCGUCAUUCUUGGUCGUGCUGUGAUGGGCUUCGGUGGGGGCGGCAUGGAUGUAUUGCAAGUCAUUCUGCUUUCCGAUGUUACGACAUUAAGAGAGCGUCCCUUAUAUAUGGGGAUAAAUGCUGUCUUUAAUGCGACAGGAGCUGUUAUAGGACCCAUCCUCGGCGGCGUUUUUAGCCAGUAUAUCUCCUGGCGCUGGUUGGGUUGGUUCAACCUCCCCUUUCUUGGAAUCUCGGUCAUGUUGGCCUUCUUCUUUCUACGAAUUAAACAUCUCCAAUUAGAAUUUCGCAAGAGACUGGAGCGUAUUGAUUGGGUCGGCAUAUUAUUAUUCGGCACUGGAGGAACAUGUCUGGCUUUGCCCCUUUCCUGGGCCAAUUCGCUUUACCCUUGGUCUUCUUGGAAGACUCUGCUCCCACUGAUCAUCGGCGUGGUUUUCCUCUGCAUUCUGGCAUGGUACGAACGGAAGCCACUUGAACCGGUUUUCCCUUAUCGUAUCUUUACCACAAGAACUGGAAAUGGAGCUAUACUCUCAGGAGGAAUUCAUGGUCUCCUGAUGUACAGCAUUUCUCAAUACCUCCCAUUGUAUUAUGAGGCGGUUCACCUUCAAACACCCUUUCAAGCUGGUAUUUCGACACUUCCUUAUUGUGCCGUCAGUAUUGGCUUCAGCGCCAUAUCAGGCGUUGUGGUAAAUAAACUGCGGCGAUACAAGCUAAUACUCUGGAGCGGAUGGAUUUUGAGUACAGUCUUCACAGGAAUGCUCUAUCGACUGGACCACAACACUAUUGCAGCCGAGAGUUACAGUUACCAAGUCCUCAUGGGUGUUGGCAUCGGCACUGUCCUCACCGUGACCGCCUUGCCGACUCAGGCUAGCGCUAAAGAUCCCAACGAUACCGGUAUUGCGGCUGGUAUGCUCGUGAUUUUCCGCUUCUUUGGUGCGCUCAUUGGCUUGACCAUCGGUUCAACAGUAUUUAGUUCUGCCUUCCAGAUGAGCGUUGAUACAGUUGCGGUCAAUGGGCAAAUUCCAGACGCCGCAAAGUUCUUGCAAGAUUCCACAGGGGCGUUGAGUUUUAUACCUUAUCUCCGCGACCUGGAUGUGUCUAGAGAGGCCAUGGAUACCAUCAUUGGCGUGUACACACGGGCUUUUCAGGUAGUCUGGCUGGUGUUCAUGGGAGCCUCUGUUUUGGGCUUUGUGUUCUCCUUGCUUAUCAAGGAGCUUUCCAUGGAGAAUGACGAGGUUGGUAGGCAAGGAUUAGAUGAGUAA